GUGAAGUCAUUAUUGUGUUGCAUACAUGAUGACUUUGAUGAUAGUGUCCAAGUUUUUAAAGGUAAUUUAAAAUGUCAUUUUAAAUAGUAGAAGAAAUGUUGACAGGUACUACGAAACCACUUUUUGACAUUUCGACUGACAUAAUAACAUAACCUUAAAUCAACUACAAAACAAGAAAUCUAAUUUGUAGAUUAAUUUUAAUCCUAUAUCCCAUUCUAUUAUCGUUCAUAAAUUACUUAUGAUAAAAGUGUACUCCAAUGAUUUUUCCGAAAGGCAUAUAUUCGAGCCUUAAGAACAUUUUACCAGAUUGGUAAACACUGUGAAUUUUUAUAGGUUUUUAUUACUCUUACUGGCUUCCUACUGCCUGAGCGUCACAUUACACAGGUCAAGAAAUUAUUGUAAAUAUUUGUAGUAAAAUUUUGUUGUUGCUACUGCCCCUUGUGAAACUUAUAACUAUGGCGGUGUACGCUGCGCACUUGACGAGGACGUUGCAUGGAGCCCCCUCGGUGUUCCAAGUAGUGGCGCAGGAGGCACUGGGAGCUACUGUGAAACCUGCUUUUGGGAAACUUGUAGAGUAUUUGGCAACGGUGUACCCUGAGCAGCUGGGCUGGUGUGAGCGCUGGUACGAUGAGCUCUUCCUGUUAUUUGAGGGGUUUCUGCAAUACCACUACCUCAAGCAUUAUGCUGCAUCAUUUUCUGAAAGCUUCUACGGCCUGGUGAGAGCACCAUUAUCCCCAAGUGGGGAAUUCCACUCCGGGACUCGCUUGCCCCGUGGCGCAGAACUUGGGUCACUGGCGUUAUUAGUGGUACUGCCUUACCUGCGAGACAAGUUGGAGAGCGCCGUGACACGCUGGAGAGACGAGCAUGAAGAUGGCGUACUUGGAAAGGGCCACACAGCCACGGCAAAGCGCGCAGCCAUCCACGUCUACUCCACUAUCCAUCUGGUCACCUCACUCGCCAAGCUCGUCCAACUAGCGGCAUAUCUCAGAGGCGCAUCCAGCCCUACUCCAUCCCUGGCAGCCCUGGGGCUGACGUUAAGAGACGCACCCCCUCAAGCACAGGACGAUACCUGGGGGGAUUUGGUCAGAAGUCUGGUGGCUGGUCAGUGUGGAAGUGCAGCAGUGACGUUCCCCAUGCUGGGCAGCGCGGCGCUGCGCUGCGCGGAGUACGGCGCCUUCGCGGUGCAGUUCCUGCGCUGGUGGGACGCGCGCGCGCCCGCCGCCCGCCCCGCCGCCUGCCCGCCGCCCCCACAGCGGGACCCUGGCUUAGAGCGAUGGCGUAACAAAUGUCCCAUCUGUCUGCAACAGUGGAAGACGCCUACGGCUCUUCCCGUCUCCGGGUUGAUAUUCUGCUACAGCUGCAUCUCGCGCCACCUCCGCGCCCGCCGCGCCUGCCCCGCCACGCGGCUGCCGGCGCAGGAGGCCGAUCUCGUGCGAAUGUAUAUCGACUAGAACAAUGAUAUUAUAACUCCAGAUAGGUUAUAGGCGUUCCAAAAUUAAAACGCUUAAGUGGGGGCUCGCGCAAAAUUGUAGUUUUUAUUUAGAUUUUCAAGUUUUAAUUAAGGGCAAAUGCAAUGAAAAAAUCAUACGGAAACUACACUAUAUUUCCCAAGGCAAAUUCCAAGAAAAACCUUAAAAGGUUAAAGUUGAGUCGAUAGAAAAAAAAAACACGGAUACGUCUAAUUUUCAUUUAUUUUCAAUUGUAUACCGUUACAUUGCAAUCCACUUUUUAUAUAGCUAGUGAUAUAUAGAUUUUAGUAUGGCUAGUUUUUUCCGAGGGAUUUGACCAGCGAAAUUUUAAUUAAAAAA